AUGGCGGACAUGAUGCUCCCGAAGAAGAAGAAACAGAAGACCGUGGGCCUUAUCGAAGGCACGAACGACUACAUCGACGCCUGCCAAGUCCUCCAGAUGUAUCGAAAACAAGCCACGCGUCUGGAUGACCAAGAGCGCGCGGAGCUUGCAAACAUCAUCAGACAGGUCUGUUUGCGAGGUAGAGCACUUACUGUCACGGUCGGAUCAACCAACCCUGUGGCGUUCUCCGUUCAUGAGCAUUUGAUCUGCCACACUUCGGACUAUUUCAAAGCAGCCGUGAAGGCGCACUGGGAGACAUCUACUAGCGGAUCCAUUGCUCUUGACGAAGAAGACGCGGAAAUCUUUGAGAUAUAUCUGCAGUGGCUGUUCUCUGAAAGACUCCCAGUCCGCAAUGACAGUCCUGGACCAGAAGGAAACGCUGAAUACGUACAACUCUCAAAGGCAUAUGCCUUGGGAGAGUUUCUUCAGGAUAUAAAUUUCAAGGACGCUGUGUCGGAUGCCAUUCUGAGCAAAUUCAGCACCGAGGCAUCGGGCGGUCAGUUUUGGUUCCCUAGUGAACCGGUCAUCCGCCGCAUAUAUGAUGGGACUCCGGAACCAUCAGCCGCUCGCCGCCUUCUCGUCGACAUGUACCUGUAUGCUUACCGUGGACGUGGACAUUGGUGGACGCAACCAUGGGUCACUAGGAAAGAUCUGCCUAAACCAUUCCGUGCCGACCUUGCCAUCGCAUUCUAUACAAAGAGACCUCGCCAGUCCAUGCCCUUGUCUCAAGUAGAAGAACGUUGCGCAUAUCAUGAGCAUCAACCUGGUCCAAACAGCUGCUACUUGGACUGCUCAGCGUUGCAGCGCGGUAAGACACCACCGAGCGCAUCUGGUGGUGCCCAGAAGAUUGAAUAA